CGCGCCGCCGCUAACCCAGCACUCUUGCCGGAGCCUCUGGCCCGCGCGUUCCUUUUUCCUUCCAGCUGUGGAGCGGGCGGGAUCCUGCACCGCGAUCGCGGCAGCAGCUGCAGCCCGGGCGGGCUCGGGUAGCGGAAGCGGCACGCGAGCCCCUAGGAGGACCGUACCACCGUCCGCCAGCAGGCGAGGGGGGGGGGCCGGUCGCCCCGCUGCACACGCCUCAGCGACCCCGCGGGACUGAGGCGUCGCCGCGCCAGGGAGCUUGAGCGCCGAGCCGGCCUCGACCCCGAGCUCGGAGCCCCGGCGGGCCUCGCCCGCCACCGGCCCCACCCAUCCGGGCCAAGGAGGCCGCGGCCAUGGCUGAGACGGAGGAGCGGAGCCUAGACAACUUCUUCGCCAAGAGAGAUAAAAAGAAGAAGAAGGAGCGGAGCAACCGGGCGGCGAGCGCAGCGAGCGCGGCGGGCGGCGCUGGCGGGAGCAGCGGAGCUACGGGCGCGGCGGGCGGUGGGGCGGGCGCGGGGACCCGGCCGGGCGAUAGCGGGACCGCGGGCGUGGGGGCCACUGGCCCUGGGGCCGCCACCAAGGUUGUGACAAAGGAGGAAGAUGAGUGGAAAGAAUUUGAGCAAAAAGAGGUUGAUUACAGCGGCUUAAGAGUUCAAGCAAUGCAAAUAAGUGAAAAGGAAGAAGAUGAAGUUGAAAAGAGAGAAGAUCCAAGUGAUAAUUGGGAAGAAGGUGGAGGUGGUGGUGGUGGUGUAGAAAAAUCUUCAGGCCCUUGGAAUAAAACUGCUCCGGUACAAGCACCUCCUGCUCCAGUAGUUGUUACAGAAACCCCAGAACCAACAAUGACUAGUGGCGUGUAUAGGCCUCCUGGAGCCAGGUUGACCACAACAAGGAAAGCACCACAAGGACCACCAGAAAUCUAUAGUGAUACGCAGUUCCCAUCCCUGCAGUCCACUGCCAAGCAUGUAGAAAGCCGGAAGGAUAAAGAAAUGGAGAAGAGCUUUGAAGUAGUAAGACACAAAACUAGAGGUAGGGAUGAGUUUUCAAAAAACCAGACCCUUAAACUUCAGCUAGACAACCAGUAUGCUGUGCUUGAGAAUCAGAAAAGCAGCCACACACAGUACAAUUAAGGAAUGGUGUUUGCUAACCCUUCUAAGGUAACUAAACCACAGCUAACCACCACGGACAGCCAUCGCUCAUCUGAUCUCUGCUGGAUCUACCGCCGAUGCAGACCACUUGGUCUACAUGACUGACCAUGUUGCACUAUGGAAGUUUAAGUGUUACAACUGCUCUUUAUGUGUAUUGGAUUUAGGGGGGUUUUCAUAGUUAUAUUAAUGUUUGAACUAGAUUCAGCAGUGUUCUUUGAUAAUUACUCUGCGAGUACAAAAAGUCAAAACCUGCAACCGGUGGUCAUA